UGCCUGCCUACUAUACAUACAAACCAGCACCACCUCAAUCCCCUCCACCAUUAAUCCUUCCUUCACCACAUUCUAACUAAAAGCCAUUACCUUACCUUGAAUUUUUAAACCUCAGAAGACCCAGAGCAAGCAAAUGGCAGCAAUUAAGGCAGCAGAGCAAGAACACCCAGUUCCGGCCUUUGGUUGGGCUGCGAGGGACCAAUCCGGUGUCCUCUCUCCCUUCAAUUUCUCCCGAAGGGCAACAGGGGAGAAGGACGUGAAGUUCAAAGUGCUCUACUGCGGGAUCUGCCACUCCGACCUCCACAUGAUCAAGAACGAAUGGGGUAUCGCCACGUACCCACUAGUCCCCGGCCACGAAAUCGUCGGCCAAGUCACCGAGGUCGGGAGCCAAGUUACGAAAUUCAGCCCCGGCGACAGAGUCGGCGUCGGUUGCAUCGCCGCCUCAUGCCGCUCCUGCGACAGCUGCAUCCACGACCUCGAAAACCACUGCCCAAAAGCAAUCCCCAUCUAUUCCGGCCACAGCUCCGACGGAACCGUCACCUACGGCGGCUACUCCGAUGUCAUGGUCUGCGACGAGCACUUCGUGGUCCGAAUCCCGGACGCCCUGCCGCUCCAAUUCGCCGCUCCCUUGCUCUGCGCCGGGAUCACGGUUUACAGCGCAUUAAGGUACUAUGGGCUGGACCGGCCCGGGAUGAACUUGGCCGUUGUUGGGCUCGGUGGGCUGGGCCACGUUGCCGUGAAAUUCGCUAGGGCAAUGGGGGCCCAAGUAACCGUCAUCAGCACUUCGCCGGCGAAGAAAGAUGAUGCAAUCCAAAACCUCGGCGCCGAUUCGUUUCUGAUCAGCCGCGAUCAGGAGGAGAUGAAGGCGGCGAUGGGGAGGUUUGACGGGAUCGUCGAUACCGUGUCGGCGGAUCACCCGCUGGUGCCGUUGAUUGGGCUGUUGAAGACAAAUGGGAAGCUGGUUUUGGUCGGGGCGCCGACGAAGCCGCUUGAGCUGCCGGCUUUCCCGUUGCUGAAGGGCAGGAAGAUGGUCGGCGGGAGUGGGAUUGGUGGGAUGAAGGAGACUCAGGAGAUGCUUGAUUUCGCCGGCAAACAUGGCAUUGCGGCGGAGGUCGAGGUUAUUCCGGUGGAAUAUGUGAACAAGGCCAUGGAACGUUUGGAGAAGGCGGAUGUUAAGUACAGAUUCGUCAUUGACGUUGGGAACACAUUACUGAAGAAUGCUUGA